CCGUUUUCUCGCGCGUUCACAUCUCUGGUUCCGGUAAUCCGUGGAAUCUAACUGUUUGCAAGGUCUCUGUUUCGGUGUGCACAUGAAAGUUGCCGACUUCCGUUCGACGAGACUGUCUUUUGCAAUCGAUGGAACCUGUCGGUUCACCAGACGACGAUCGUAGAUUAAACUGCUCCUUUUCUUUUGUUUCGUAUCGAUUCCCGUUAGGGAACCGUCUUUCCCACGGGUCACUUUGCGCGUGAUUCGACCACCAUGGAGGAAUCGACAUGAAAAUCCGGUCACGUACUCGGUAACGCGAUUACGAAAACUGUGCACCAAAGAAUAAACCACUCGUUGGAGGUUCACUUCACGAAAAGAUAUUAUUAUUACUGCAGUGUUUGCAAAAUCAUUUUUGUUGCUUCACCAAGCUCAAUUAUCGAAUAGCUUCUCUUAACCCUUUGCACUGUAGAGGCACUCAGUCGACAGCGAGAUUCAGUGCAGAAUUAAACAGAAAACAUUCAACUUAAAAUAGCCCACUCUGUAUUCACCGCGAUAUGCUCCUCCGAUGGUGGGGAUCAAUGUUCCGAGAAGAUAGAAGCGACGAGGUGCAGUUUGACAGCGUUCGACAAGCAGUGCACACCUGAAUUUUUUUUCAAGGAGUCUUUAGAGUUCCUCAGUUUGUAUCCGUGCAUUGACACAAUCGUGUUCUCCUUAGUUGGAAAUGACGUUAUUGCCGCCGACUGCCGCACAACAGAAACGCAUAGACGAUGAGGUUCCAGUUGACCCGGAAAUGAGGAAACGAGACGUCGCUGCGCUUAGGGAGUGGCUGUCGAAGCAGCCGCAUCUACCUAAUCACAUGGAUGACGCAAGGCUGGAGAGGUUCCUGUUCGGCUGCAAGAACAGCGUGGAGAGGUGCAAAGUUAUUUUGGAGCGAUACUUCAGCGUGCGCACCGCCAUCCCAGAGUUCUUCUCGAUGCGCGAUCCGUUGUCGGAGGACAUCCAGAGAUGCUGCGACUCGACAUGCUACUUCGUCUUGCCAUCGCUUACUGAAGAAGGCCACCGUGUCACAGUUUUCCGGCUACGCGACACGUCGGUGGACAACUUUAGCUUUCAGGCGAUCACCAAGAGAGUGCUGAUGGUGUUGGACACGCGUCUGAUGGAGGAGCGCUGCUUGUCCAACGUGAUGGUCGUCGAUCUCGAGGGAUUCAGCUUGGUGCACUUGUCGAAGUUCAGUCCGACGCAGAGCAUCGUCAGGAAGGCGAUGCUGGCGGUGCAAGACAGCAUGCCGUUGCGACUGCACAGACUGCACUUCCUGCAUGCGCCUGCGUUCGUCGAGAGUGUGCUGAACGUGUUCUACUCCAUGCUGAAGGAGAAGCUCAUCGAGAAGUUUCGAAUCCAUACUGGCGGAGGAGAGGAGCUGCACUCCUUCAUGGACAAAGACAUACUGCCGAAUGAAUGGGGCGGCAAGGCUGGAACUUUCGACGAGUUAAAUGAUGCUUGGAGGAGGAAAAUCGAGAAGAACAGGGACUGGUUCCUGCGAGAGGAGAAGCUCAGCCGAUCGAACGAGGCCGCUCGGUUGCCCGAGUCCAAGUCGAGGAUAAUUAAGGAACUCGAUGGCGUACAAGGCUCUUUCCGCCAAUUAAACAUUGAUUAGAGAAAGAAACCCUCGAAUAUAUGAAUUUUAUCCAUGAUCUGAUUGUUCUUCCAGUACUUAAUAAAAUAUUAUAUAUAUUUUAAUAACAUUUUAAUAACCAACCGAAUUACAUUUUACAUUUAAAGAAGAUUGUAUUUCUCAAUUAUGAACGCCACGG